AUGUAUUCAUUUGAAGGAAAAGUUGUAAUAAUAACAGGUAGUAGUACUGGAAUAGGAAAAGCUAUAGCUUAUGAGUAUGGUAAAAGUGGUGCUAAAAUAGUAAUUAUUGCAAGGAAUUUAAAAACACUUAAUGAUACAGUUAAUGAUUAUAUUAUUAAUGGAAUCAAUAAAAAUAAUAUAUUAACAAUAAAUGUAGAUAUUUCUAAUGAUAAUAGUGCUAAAAUAAUUAUUGAAGAAACAAUAAAAAAAUUUGGAAAAUUAGAUAUAUUAAUAAAUAAUGCUGGUGUUAAUACAAAACCAGGAAUAAAAAAUUUUGAAAUGAUAGAAUUAUAUGAUUAUAUUAAUAAUAUUAAUGUUAGGGCAGUUAUUAAAUUAACAGAAGAAGCUAUACCAUAUCUUAAAAAAACAAAAGGAAAUAUUAUUAAUAUAAGUAGUAUAAGUUCCCGUUAUCCUCUACGAACAACAAUAUAUUAUAGUAUGUCUAAAUCAGCAUUAGAUAUUUAUACAAAAGGUUUAGCUGGAAGACUUGCAAAUGAUGGUAUAAGAGUAAAUUCAAUAAAUCCUGGUUUUGUUGAAACACCAAUAUUUACAAAAAAUACUAAACAAGAAGGAAAAGAUAUUAGAUUUGAUGAAAUGAUAGAAAAAAUGAAACCAAUAAUUGAAAAUAAAGUACCAUUAAGACGUUUUGGGAAACCAAAAGAAAUAGCAAAGUUAGUUUUAUUUAUAUCAAGUGAUGAUGCCAGCUAUUGUACAGGAGCUAAUUAUGUUAUUGAUGGUGCCAGUAGUGGAAUAGGUAAAGCUACAGCAUUAAAGUAUGGUUUAGAAGGUGGUAAAAUUGUAAUUGUUGCCAGAAAUUCAAAUAAUUUAAAUGAGACUGUUGAAAAUUUUGUCAAACUUGGAGUACCAUUAGAAAAUAUUCUUAAAAUAGAAAUUGAUAUUUCAAAUGAUAAUGCUCCUAGUAUAAUUGUUGAAAAAGUAAUAUCACAUUUUGGUAAAAUUGAUAUAUUAAUAAAUAAUGCUGGUGUUGUUGGAAAAGAGGGAAUAUCUAAUGAAGAGUCUAUUGAACUUUUUGAUCAUAUCUUUAGAAUUAAUGUUCGUGGUUUAAUACAACUAUCUGAAUAUACUAUACCAUAUCUUAAAAAAACAAAAGGAAAUAUUGUUAAUAUUAGUAGUAUUGCUUCAUCAACACCUGGAAGUUUUUCAUUAUACUAUCGAAUGAGUAAGGCUGCUGUUGAUAUUUAUACACAAUCAUUGGCUGGAAAACUUGGAGAAUAUGGUGUAAGAGUUAAUUCAGUAAAUCCAGGUAUGACAGCAACAAAAAUAUUUACAACACUUCCAAGUGUUGAUGGUUUAAAUAUUUCUGAAGAAGAUAUGCUUAAAAAUUUUCAAACACUUAUUGAUAAUUCUGUACCAUUAAAACGAAUAGGUUCACCUGAUGAAAUUGCUAAUGUUAUAUGCUUUUUAUCUAGUGAUGAAGGAAGUUAUAUAACAGGAAGUUGUUAUAUAAUUGAUGGAGGAUUCAAAGUAAGUUGUGCUAUGUCAACAUCACCUAUUGAUAGAAAUUAA